AUGAUCAACUUGGAAUCUUCUCAGUCAGAAAUACGACGAAGAAAUACUUGUGACGCUGCUGCAGACCAAAGUGUGCCUACACAACCAAAUGGUUCCGUUCAGGCACCAGCACCACGUUUGAUAAGACCACUUUUGCCUAGAGAACGUUCAUUAGUUGAUAAACUUUUGGAUCUAUUGGUCGGUGAUGGUCCUGAUAAACGGUUUGCUCUAAUCUGUGGCGAAUGUGCUGCGCAUAAUGGAAUGGCUUUAGAAGAAGAAUUUGAAUAUUUAGCAUUUCGGUGUUGCUACUGUAAUCAUUUUAAUCCAGCCCGUCGUUCCCGAUUACAGACCUCAUUGGCGUCAAGGAGUAUUGGCAACUUGGAUCCAGUCAAUUCACAGUCGACACCUUGCCUACUAAGUGAACCUAGCCCCACAGGUUUACUGGAAACAAUGGCAGAAGAGGUGACAAGAAUCUCAGGCGACGAUGGCAACCUCAUGAAUGAGCAUAAUGAUGACGGCAACACUAGGAUUGCUGAUGUCCCCCGGAAUGCUAUCACAGCUAAUGGAGACGAUAAUGCUGAGGAUGAUGUUGAUAAUAAGAGUGACAGUAAUAAAGGACAUCUAACAAAUGGAUUCAGCAAAGAUGUGGGUUUAGACAAUGCUGACAGCAGUAGUAAUAGUAAUAGUGAUGGUGUGGAGGUUAGUCAUCCUAAUUGUGAUAAUUAAAACCAGUCUAUACCUGUGAAAAAGGAAAUUGAUUAUCUCAGGAAAUUUCGUCGCCAAAGUACAAAUUUGUGUUGUUGUUGUUUGAUGUUCUGUGUUAAUUCUUCACUUUUGCCUUUCCUCUUCUAAUUUCACAGUCUCUCAGUGUGUAUAUAUCUGUUUUACAUAUCUAUUUAUUCUUUAUUGUUUCUUUAUUAACGAGCACAGUCGUUAUAAGGCUGUCUUACUUUCGUUUAUUGUCGAUGAAUAGGCGUGUAUUGAUGAGGUUCCCCUCGAUGUACAUAUUUAUACACACACAAAGUCUGUGCGUUUUUGUCUCUGUUUUUCGUGUACAUAUGUAUCUACUAUCAACUGUAAAAUAAACUUAUCCAGUGUCUUUUGUUUUCGCUCCUUCCCGGUGUAAUUCUUGCUUUUUGUUCAUUAUGAAUGUUUGUUAAGAUUUUCGGGGUAAUAUAGGUGGUGGCAUAUUUGCCAUUUGUUGAC